UAGUAUCCAAGUAAUCCCGUCUUGAGGCUGGAUGAAAUAUCCAUCUCGAUCAUGCUGAUUUUGGUAAUACGAGCGCCGAACGGUGGUAUAUCUAGCACGAACGCUGUAGUCAUACACCACUAACCUUCCCUCACUCACACCCAUCCCUCGAACAUGACUUACGUCUCAAAUGAUCCCAGUUACUGGCCGACAAUCAGUUUCAACAUUUUUUCCAGCUAUUGGAACGUUGCCGCAGGCGUCGUGGUGGUAUACGAUUGGGUCUUAACACUCGGGCAAGAGAUUGAACUCGUCUGGAGACAACGCUGGUCUCUCAUGACCGUGCUGUAUUUGAUUAUACGCUAUAUUGGAAUACCGUAUUCUGUGUAUGUGUCGAGAUCAACAACUUUGCAGUGUGCUAAUAGCUCAUCUCUGACAAUUAGUGUCUAUCUUCUGGAAGUUAUGCCAUGGGUAUCGCUGACAGAUGCAGGGUGAGUGAGAUUCCAAGCAUUGAACUUGGCUCAACAUAACGGCUCAAUAGGUG